AUGGCCAGCGAUAUCUUGAAAGGUCUCAAUCGUGCUCAGCGAGAAGCAGUAACUUCUGAGGCGAAUGUCGUCCAAGUGCUCGCACCACCAGGAUCUGGCAAGACCAAGACUCUUACCGCCCGCGUAGCAUAUCUGCUCGCACACCGACAACUGCAGCCAUGGAAUAUCAUCGUGUGUACGUUCACGGUCAAGGCGGCCAGCGAGAUGAAGGAGCGCAUCCGAGGAUUUGUUGGUGAUGAGUGUGCGAAGCAGCUGAAGCUAGGCACAUUCCACUCCAUUGCUCUCAGAUAUCUAAAGCAGUAUGGCACCCAUAUUGGACUGCAAAAAGACUUCGGCUUGGCAGAUACUGCCGACAGUCGAGCGAUUGUCAAGAGGAUCGUCAAGCAAAAUGAGCUCUCCAUGGAUGCGAACCAAGCACGCAGCAAGAUCUCUUCUCAGAAGGCCAAAGGCAUCGAUGCCGAGGAGUUCGCUCGCACACGAAAGAACGCCGAGCAACAGGAGUUCUCACAGAUCUACCAAGAGUACCAAGCUAUGCUCGACGCGUCAAACCUUCUAGAUUACGAUGAUCUCCUUCUGCGUUGCUGCGUGCUGCUACGCACAAAGCGAGAGUGCGUGAAGAAUGUUCAAGCACUUCUCAUCGAUGAAUUCCAGGAUACGAACACCAUCCAGUACGACUUGAUGAGUCUCUUCGCCCAAGAACGAAACGUGAUCACUAUCGUGGGCGACCCGGAUCAAAGCAUCUACGGUUUCCGCUCGGCUGAGAUCAAGAAUUUAUCGCGGAUGAAAGAGGGUUGGCCAGACACCUUGACCAUUAAUCUAGAAGAAAACUAUCGGUCGUCCGGUGCAAUUCUUCACGCUGCCCAGCACAUUAUCGAGCAAGAUGAAUCACGACCAGCGAAGAAGCUGCAGGCGACGCACACUUUUGGUCUACGACCGAUAUUGCGCAAGCUGCCACAUGCUCAAGCAGAAGCCGAGUGGCUUGUGUCCGAAGUGAAGCGUCUACAAGCGUUGACAGGUAACAUGCUGCAAAAAAGUGACUUUGCAGUGCUAUUACGGUCUGCUGCGCUAUCGAGAGUGAUCGAGACAGCACUGGGUCAAGCUGGGGUACCAUACCGCAUGGUAGGUGGAGCAAGGUUCUAUGACCGCGUCGAGAUCAAGCUGCUACUGGACUACUUGCGUGUCAUCGACACACCCGGCAACAGCGAGGCUCUGGAGCGCAUCAUCAAUGUUCCCGCACGUCGCGUUGGGGAAGCCACGGUCAAGGCCCUUGCGGAGGAAGCGAGGAUUAAAGGCAGCACAUUAUGGAGUCAUGUCGAAGCUGUUGCACAGGGGAGGCGUAGAAGCAGGGCGAAGAUCAACGAGCCAGCAAUGCUAGGACUUAGAAAGUUCGUGGGCAUAGUCCUUGGUGGUCGUAAGAAGAUUGAGGCAGCCGCCGAUGGGCCCGUACCUGUCGUCGACAUUCUCACUCUUGUCAUCAAAAAGCUGAGCUUUGAAAAGUACCUGUCCGAGCACUACAAAGAGGACCACGAGACUCGCUGGUCCAAUGUUGAAGAGCUGCUGGCGCAGGCCACAGAAGCGUCGGAUCCGGCUCGGCUGCAGUCUCUGAUCGAAGAAAGUACUCUGCCUGAUAUAGAUGACUUGGAACAAGUCGCCGUUUCUGCAAAAGAUGAUGCCCUAUCCUUCUUUCUUGCCAAUAUUGCACUCACAGCGUCUUCGGCAGAAAAGGCAGAAAAAGAUGGCGAGCAGGCGCAACAGCUUACCAUCUCGACGAUCCACGCUGCGAAAGGAUUGGAGUGGCCAGUCGUCUUUAUACCGGCUUGCUACGAUGGCUCGAUACCUCAUAGCAGGGCAGAAGAUCAUGACGAAGAGCGGCGACUGCUAUACGUCGGCAUGACCAGAGCACAAGCCGUGCUGUUUCUCAGCUCACCACAAAGGAACUCACAACGUGAAGAAGCUGUGCUCUCCACAUUUCUCGCGCAAUCAGGAGUGAGCUCUUUCUUCGAGGAACAUGGACCUAGUAUAGCCAUGACAGAAGUGACUGGUCUGGCUAUCACCUUGCGACGAGAGCGUCCUACUCCAGCUAAGCUCGCGGAAUGCAAGAAAGGUCUGGACACGGACGAGGAUAAUCAUUGGCCAGUUACUGGCGAGCUGCCUCUGGCAGAGCUAGCGAAGUGGGAUUAUGGCAAUUCAGGUGGACAAGCUACACGGCCAGCAGCUGUUUUCUCGUCGGCUAGUAUCACUAUGCAACAACUGUCUGACUUCCCUGGUGCCACCGCGGCUGCAGCUCCGGGCUUUACCAGUCUGAAGAUAAAGUAUGAGGAAGCCAAGGAGGAAUUGACACUUGCCCAAAUGGACAGACGAGCGCAGCAGGCGAAGAUGCUGGAGACCGAGAAGCCGAAGGGACGGAAACGCCAGAUGGAAGGGCAAGGGACUAUUGCGAGCUUCUUUGGAAAGCCGGCACUUUCGAAACAGACGUCCAGCACGACGUCCCUGGAAUCGACCGCCGCUGUAAAUGCAUCAGACAUGCCACCGGGGUUCAAGCGUUCACGGCAAGCACUGCAAGAAGUGGAUAAUGUGAGGACUAUAAGGCCAGAGGUCGAGCUUGAGCGGCAAAACCUGCUUCAGCACAAGGUCCGAACGGCACCUUUGCUGCGACAAAAGUCUGUCAUAUCGACAGAACACUCAGUACCAGCUGCAGGGUAUAUGUUCCUGUCCAAUUUUCCGCCUCGGCCAGAAGACGCUGAGAUCUCGUCAUCAGCUACCAUGCUACCCUUCGAGGAGGAGGAUACGGAGAACUAUGGCCAUGCCCGACCGGCCACGACACUUCACACUACGUCAAUGCAGAGGGUGGCACCUCAGAGGAAGACCUUGGGUAUGCGCAGGAGUCUGCAUGGCUGGAGUGCUCGUGGGGGCAAGGGAUGA